UAUAUAUAUAUAUAUAUAUAUAUAUAUAUAUAUAUAUAUAUUCAUAUAUUUUUUUAACUCUUUAUUUUUUUAUUCAUUCGUUUAGUUCAAAAUAUCCAUGUAUGAUUCACUCCUCCCAAAACAGAAACACAACAUUACUCCGAAGCAACAGCCGAAUUAUCGACUGACUCAUGACGUUAUCAGUUAGCAGGUGAUAUAUAGGUGGCGUACUAGGCUAGGCGUCAGUGCGCUAGCUGUAACACUAUGAAUAAGUUAUCGGUUACUCUCAUCCUCGCAACGGCGGGGGCCAUCUUCCUGGCCGCCUUACCCACGGAAGGCAACUAUUACCCUAGCUACAGCAGGUGGAACGGGACUCGAGUUCUUCCUCAGCGAAACUUCUCCAGCAACCUACCCCGGCCGUACAACUCCAGCAACUUACACCGCCCAUACAAUUCCAGUUACAACCAUGCUAUCCGCUAUCCAAGAAAUGCUCCCUACGCUUCUCAGAACAGCAGUCACAACUACUUUUGGGGGACUAAGUCAAUUUAUGACAGGUUACUUUACUUCACCCGAGUCAAGAAGGCCAGCCAAUUCAUGAGGAAGGUGACCCAGGACAUGGAUUUUCCUGCUAGAAACCAACGUCCGAACGGUACCAUUUACUACAUGGAAGUCCUCGACCAGAAGGCGGCCGGUGAGGGCGGGGAAGUUUCCAUCAUAAGGGGAGGUAUCGGCUACAAGAACGUUACCUUCCACUUCAAGUCCCAGAGGAACAAAGGCUUCGAUUUCUCAGUAUAUGUAUACGGACAUUAAGGCUGAUUUUUUUUUUUUUUUUUCCAACUUUGUCAAAAAUUUAUAUUAUAUUUAUUUUAUAUACAAGUUUUAUAUUUUAAUUUUCAAAUAUUUGAGUUUUUGUCUACCCGGUCGAUCAUUUUUUUUUUCAUGUCAUAGUCGUUGGUCAUUCGACCGUAAGACAUCUUAUUAACCAGUAUAAGUUUGGUUUUUUUUAUAUAUUCAUUCACAAAUGUAUUAUUUCUUAUGUCCGUCGGACAUUUGUCUAGGCGGUUUGCAUCCAUUUUUGCUUGUUCACAUAAUUUACAGCUAGGAUCCUCAGCCACAACUGUCUUGUGGAGUUGACUAUGAAGAUAGUCGUCACCAGUGGCCAAGCGGAAGCAGGCUACUGCAUCUCUUCUUGGUAGGCCAGCCGGGAUCGGGUUUUCCACCAAACAUCCAAACAUCCCUUCCACCUUAUCUUUGUGUAUAUUUUUUGACAGACAUUUAUUAACGUCAGUAACAGUGAUUGCUGCUUGAGAAUCGACAAAGAGAACAGCGCUCUGAACCUGCAUUGCUGAUAGUUUUCUUUCGGCUAUGAGGAUCGCUGCUAUCUCACCGUCGAAAUUCGUACCAUCCUCACCCACCGCAGAGCUGAACUGAAACUCCAUCGAGUAAACCCCUGUCCCAGUAUUUUUAACGGCUGAUAUGCCUGUAACUGCGUAAUAUGCUGAUCCGUUGGUAUAAAUGUGGAGCCAAUCCUGAGGAGGGUACCUUUGAGCUACAGUUUACUAUAAAGGCGUUGGAUGAGGGAUCUCCUUCCUUAGACAACCUAAGUAAUUGGAACAAGUUAGGGAAGAGGUACUGCUGAGUACUUUCCUUCCCCAUGCCUGUUAUGUCAUUAUAUCAUUAUCGCCAUCACAUUUGCUGAUUGACAACUUAUUGUUGACAGGCGCAAAUACAUAUUUUAUAGACAAAAAAAAAAUAGUUUACUAUAGCUUGAUCCGUCGACUUAGGAAACCUUUUGGGUUUGACUCCGAAUUUUUCCAAUAAUUUUUAUUAUACUAUAGUUUUAGUAUGGUUUUAAGUUUGGAAAUUGGCAUUCCGAUGGAAUCACUGUUUUCAUCAUUUAUUUAUAUAGUGAAUCAGGAACCUUUCUAUAAGUAAAACCCACUAAUCGUAUACUUGUUGACUUAUGUAAAAUGUCUCUUCCUUAUCUUAUAACUUGUAUUCCUAUGUUUUCUGGGUGAUGCACUUACUUUUCCUACCUGAAGAAGAAGAUAAUCUUUAAAAUGGUAGCUUUGAUUAGGAAUUAAUGAAGAUAUGACGUAACGAUAAAAAAAAUCUUAGAGAGAUAAUAUAUAUGAAGAUUAUCAAAGAAUAAAGAUUACUUGAAUCGAUAUCAAUUGGAGGUUAAUCCUGAAUUUUCGUAAGUUUACUGAUUCUCUCGCAGUCUAUCAUCAUUAAUAACGUUAUCAACUAUAAUUAUAAAAAUGUAUCUUAUAUAUUAAAAUAUUAAUA